UUUUAUCAAUUUACGAGCACUUAUCUAAAGUCCAAACGCACUCUUGAUUUUUCACAUCAAAACAAAUGAAAAUCAUUAACAGUAGGCAAUUGGAGAAUAUUUGUGUUGGAGCUAGAAAUUGAAGUUACAAUGUGAAGUUGGGGGUUGACAAUUACUUCAUAUCGUCGUGUUUGGCGCCUCUUUCUUGAAAAUCUGUAACUGAAUACAUUAACUCUUAAGCAGAGAUUCCAUAAUUCCCUUCAAAGAGAAAUCAAUGUCAUCAGAUAAGGCCAUAAUUGACAUCUCCCCCUCAUGGGAUGGUACCAUUACAUCUACUCAUUUUCACAUUGCUGCUUCUACUUUCGCUGAGCUAUGGAACAAGUUGGUUCUAGGGUUUCCUCACUGGUCAUGGAUCAACUCUCCAAAGCGAAUUGGUUUUGCUUCUACCGGUGUACAAGGAUAUCUAUCCUUGGAGAAUAUGAUUCUUCCUAGAUCCACUGAGGAAGAUCAACAUCAAUGUGGUCUUGAUGGAAUAGAAGAUUUGACUUGCUCUAGCGAAGAUGUAUUUGAUGAUACUGCCAUAUUGGUUCAAAAGGGCGGCAAAGAAAGACAUCAUUACGACUUUCAUGUCAUCUACAGCUCCUCUUUCAGGGUUCCCGUUCUUUAUUUCCGUGCAUACUGCAGUGAUGGAGAACCCUUGGCAAUAGAAGACCUGGAAAAGGACUUUCCUGCCUAUACUGCAAAGGAACUAGCAAUAUCUAAAUGGACCUUUAUAACUCAGGAGGAGCACCCGUACCUGAAUCGGCCAUGGUAUACAUUACAUCCAUGUGGGACUAGUGACUGGAUGAAGCUACUUUUCAGUAAUGAACCUUCGGCGGUGUCUCAAGUGGGGGUUGCAGUUGAGAAAUAUCUAACCUCGUGGUUUUCAGUUGUAUUGCCUAUCUUUGGUCUUAAAAUCCCCUUAAAGUUGUCUCUAGAUGUAUGAGCUGUACACUUAACAGGUCUAGAAAUGUCGCUAGUAUAAUAUAGAUUUAGUUUUUUCUUCUCAAUGUAAAUGUUCUUCACAACACAGUAGCAAAAAAAUGAAAUCAUCUGCUAAGAUGCAAAAUUUGUGCGGUGUUUACUAUCUUA